AUCGAGUUCAAAUAUGCUUGUUAGGCAUUUACGAUUAGUUCACGGUUACUUGCCUGGAAAAAAUCUCCGGCUUAAAUGUGCUCAGACUGGAUGUGGCUGUGCGUUUGGUACGUUUUCUGGUUUUAGGAAACAUUUAAACACAAAACACACUGAGUAUAUUGACCAACAGGUUGACCCUGAUGUUUAUUUAAGCAGCAUUGGAGAGGCAGUGACCACUAAUGUAGAGGAGACAGCUACAACGUCACGGACAGUUAAUGAACACGAGGUAGCCACAUCUACUCUGUUGAAAAAGUCCAACAGGAGCACUCUAGAUAUGUGUGCCUCUGCUGUUGCACAACUAAAAGCAGCUGGAUUAAGUCAAUCUACUGUAAAUAGUUUUGUUUCCUCCAUGGAAGAAGUGUUUUUUGAGAUUCAAAGUCAAGCUACAGAUGCAGCUUUGCAGUGCUUAUCUCCACAGGAAACUGAAAAUAAGAACAGAAUAGAACAAUCUUUGCAAAAGUUGGAAAACCCUUUCACACCCUUAAAUUCAGAAGCUAAACGAAAUAAACACUUCAAAGAGAAAUGGGGAAUCGUAGAACCUGUUGAAAAGGUGCUUGGCACAAGAUUUGACAGCAGAAGAAACAAAACAACUGGGACAUACGAUCAGGUCGUUGUAACUGACAAGUUUGCAUAUAUUCCUAUUUUAGAAACACUAAAGGCCAUUUUUCAAAACCCAGAACUUGCAGACAUGUUCAAGCCCAGGCACAUGCCCAAGGAAGGUGUGUAUGCAGACUUGAGAGAUGCCGCCUAUUUUAAAAAAAGUCCCUUAUUCUCUAUAGAAAAAGAUGCCAUACAGAUCCAGCUAUUUUAUGACGACUUUGAAACAGCAAACCCCUUGGGGUCUAAAAAGGGUAUACACAAAUUAGGUGCUAUAUACUUUACAUUAAGGAAUUUUCCCCCAAUCUUUAAUUCAUCAUUGAUAAAUAUUCAUUUGGGUGCUCUUUUCCAUGCGCAGGACAUCAAGCGUUAUGGUUUUAAUUUGAUACUUGAGCCACUUGUCAGUGAUCUUAAAGUACUCGAGACAGAGGGACUUAAAGUUCCCAGAUUGAAAGAUGUGAUUCACGGUACCAUAGUUCAGGUCACUGGUGAUAAUCUUGGGUUGCAUGGUUUAUUUGGCUUUGUGGAGUCAUUUGGGGCAAGGUAUUGUUGUCGUUUCUGUCUCCUUGAGAAAGAUUGUUUUCAAACUGUGUUCUGUGAAGAUGAUCCAAAAGUUGUACUACGAACUAUCGAGAUGCACAAACUGCACUGUCAAACUUUACAAACAGAUCCUACACUACCUCAUAUCUAUGGUGUCAAACGCAUUUGUCUGCUGAAUUCACUACAGUAUUUUAAUACAGCCAACAAUUUUUCUGUAGAUAUAAUGCACGAUAUUUUAGAAGGAGUUGCUCAGUUUGAAGUCAAACUUGUCCUGCAGUACAUUAAGGAAAACUUCCUAAAUGCUGAACAACUGGCUGGUAGAAUACAUGCUUUUGACUAUGGAUACAAUCAGCAGCGAAACCGUCCACCUAGAGUAAAGUUGUUUGAUGGAAGUAAUGAUUUGGGGUUGAAUGCUAUACAGUCUUGGUGCUUAUUACGUAAUAUGCCUUUGCUAUUUGGUGAUUUAAUACAGUCAGAUGACCAGCACUGGCAUCUUCUACUUUUGCUUCUACACAUUGUUAACAUUGUAUUUUCCCCAGUCCUUACAGAAGGCAUGACCAUUUACCUCAAACAUUUAAUCAUUGAUCAUCAUCAGCUCUUCAAGCAGUUGUUUCCUGCAAUCAAUCUCUUACCAAAGCAUCACUUCAUGAUUCAUUACCCUCGUAAUAUAAAAAACAUCGGCCCAGUUCUGCACAUGUGGUGCAUGCGUUAUGAAGCUAAACAUAAUUUUUUUAAGAAGCAAUUAAAAAGCUUUAAAAAUGUAACAAAAACAUUAGCCAAAAAGCACCAAAGUUGUAUGGCAAUGUAUCGAGAGUCCUUUAGCAAGGAAAGAUUAACUUUAGGUUCGGGAAGAUGGUAACACUUAGUGAGCUCAAAGAAGGUCCCGAGAUUGCUUUAAAAUGUGGGUCUGUAUUGUCUACCAGUGUGUUUUCUGCCAAGUGGAUCAAACAUCAUGGUACAGAGUACCGCCGUGACUUCAUUAUCUGUACUGAGGUAGCAUUUGAGAUGCCUGUAUUUUGUAAAAUCAAAAUUAUUGCUGUGAAAGAUGACUGUGUAUUGCUCUGUGGAAAACUGAUGGAAACAGUGUGUUUUGAUUACCAUUACUAUGCCUUUAAGGUCAGGAUGCAUCCAGACAGGGUUCAAAAGGUGAUCAACAUUACUGAACUGUGUUACUUUAAACCUUUUGAUGUUCAAAUGAAGUAUGGAACGACAGAUUCCUCCUUGUAUGUUGUUCCCUAUUGCCAUUUUAUGGAAACCUAAGGUCAAUGUUUUAAAAAAGGGAUUUGUAUUCUUAAUAUAUUUUAGCCUGACAUAGUUGAGCUGUUAAUAAAAAUUUGAAAUGCA